UUUUUUCAGCUUCCAACCAAAAAAAAAAAAAACCUAGUACCCAAUUCUCUUCUCGUCAAGCCACCACCACCAUCACCCUUCUUCAUCCAUGGCGGCUUCCACAAACUUCUCCUCCCUCUCCUCCUCUUCUCUCUUUAUAGAACCUAACAACAAGCCCUGUAAUACCCUUCUCCCUGUUCAUCUCCGAAAGCCCUUCCCUAAACCCUCCACUGUCUCUCUCCUUCCCUCCGCUCUCUCCUCUUCAUCUCCUUCCCGUACUGUCCAUGGAGUUUCUCCGUGUUUCUCGCUCGCGAACGAGAGUUUCUUGGGGGAAAACGAAUACCCAGACGGGAGUUUUGCUGACGACGAUGACGAGAAGCCUCGCGAGGAGUGCGGCGUCGUCGGAAUCUAUGGCGACCCGGAGGCUUCGCGGCUCUGUUACUUGGCUCUCCACGCGCUUCAGCAUCGCGGUCAGGAAGGCGCAGGUAUUGUUGCAGUGAACAAUGAUAGGGUUCUUCAAUCAAUUACCGGUGUUGGGUUGGUUUCCGAUGUUUUCAACGAGUCCAAACUCGACCAGUUGCCUGGAGAAAUGGCGAUUGGUCACGUCCGGUACUCGACUGCAGGUUCUUCGAUGCUGAAGAACGUUCAGCCAUUCGUCGCUGGUUAUAGGUUUGGGUCCAUAGGUGUUGCCCACAACGGGAACUUAGUGAAUUAUAAGAAAUUGAGAGCAAUGCUUGAGGAGAACGGUUCGAUUUUCAACACUAGUUCUGAUACAGAGGUUGUGCUUCACUUGAUUGCUAUCUCAAAAGCCAGACCCUUUUUCAUGAGGAUUGUUGAUGCGUGUGGGAAGCUUCAGGGCGCGUAUUCCAUGGUGUUUGUGACCGAGGAUAAGCUCGUAGCUGUUCGUGAUCCGUUUGGGUUUAGGCCAUUAGUGAUGGGUAGGAGAAGCAACGGUGCAAUAGUUUUCGCUUCAGAGACUUGUGCUCUUGAUUUGAUCGAGGCGACAUACGAGAGAGAGGUUUAUCCAGGUGAGGUCAUGGUUGUGGACAAAGACGGCGUGAAAUCGCAGUGUUUGAUGCCUCACCCCGAGCCGAAACAGUGCAUUUUCGAGCAUAUAUACUUCUCCUUGCCAAACUCCAUUGUAUUUGGUCGGUCUGUGUAUGAAUCCCGUCGUAUAUUCGGUGAGAUAUUAGCCACAGAGUCUCCUGUUGAUUGCGAUGUCGUGAUUGCUGUGCCCGACUCUGGCGUCGUGGCUGCUCUUGGGUACGCUGCCAAAGCCGGUGUGGCAUUUCAGCAAGGUUUGAUAAGGUCACACUAUGUCGGGAGGACAUUCAUCGAGCCAUCUCAGAGGAUCAGGGAUUUUGGAGUGAAGCUAAAGCUUUCGCCCGUCCGUGGAGUUUUGGAAGGGAAGAAGGUAGUGGUGGUGGAUGAUUCGAUCGUGAGAGGAACAACCUCGUCAAAGAUUGUUCGCCUCUUGAGAGAAGCGGGGGCUAAAGAGGUUCAUAUGAGGAUAGCGUCUCCCCCUAUCGUGGCUUCGUGUUACUAUGGAGUGGACACGCCUAGCUCGGAGGAAUUGAUAUCGAACAGGAUGAGUACCGAGGAGAUUAGGGAUUACAUCGGGUGUGAUUCGCUCGCGUUUCUAUCGUUCGAUAGCUUGAAGAGGUUCUUGGGAGAGGAGUCUAGGAGUUACUGCUACGCUUGCUUCACCGGGAAUUACCCGGUGAAGCCUACAGAGGUAAAGGUGAAAAGGGGAGGCGAUUUUAUCGACGACGGCCUUACGGGAGGGAUUGACAACAUCGACGGCGGCUGGGUUCGGUAGAGAAGUUUUGGAGUAGUAAUGGAAGAAAAGAAUGGAUUCUGACUUGACUUUUAUGGCAACAUUUUUUGUUCUUCUUCCUCAGAUGUUGUGGGGGAAGGAUGGGAGUUGAUGCUGUCUUGUCUGAGAUUCUUCCUUCCUCAGAGAUGGGAGAGAGAGAUUCAUUCCAAGAUUUUGUAUUUUUGCCUCUUUUAGAAUUUGAUCUUUGCUUUUGUUUCAUUGCCAAUUUUACUUUAGAGAGAGAAAGAGAUCUCACCUCUGAAUUGGGUUGUAGCCUAUAUUUGGUUCUCUUUAGAGAGAGAGAUUUUCACCAUUUCGAUUUA